AUGUACGGACGACCUCAGCCCGAUCCUCCAUCGCAGCCUGAAUGGCGGAUACCCACACGACGUCCAGGUGCGCAGCAGUCAGAAGCAGCUGGACCGACACCUCCACCGCGUCCGCCUGCGACGGGCGCAUAUUCUCCAGCAACCUACGGUCCCAUUUCCACGUCGACGACGCACGCGGCCACCUCACCGUUGCUGGCGGGGCCCGGCGCAGAUCCGCGGACGUGGGGUGUGCGAUACAAACAGCAGAACAACCAGCAGAUACAUCCAAUCUACGCUCCACCGCCGUUGCCACCUCGCCCGCCGAGCGUCAAUGAGACGCCUCAAAUCUAUACACAACCACAGCCCCCACCCCCGCCCGCGCAUCACGGCGUCUCCAGCCCACCACCAACGUUGGGAGUGGACGCAUUCUCAGUCGCUCAGCCGGGACUGGUGUCGCCGAUUACUCCACCACCUUAUAGCGAAUAUGGAGCUCCAAAUCUAUCUUCGCCGUAUGCAGUUUCCCCGGUUCCGACUCUCCCUCCCCCUCCUCCCAAGAAGCCACCUGGAUACCAACCAAAUCCCCCGCCUCCUCCAGCGAAUUCAGAGAGGCCACCGUUACUUGCUCAAGGGGUAGGACCAGCGGCAACACAAGGGUCAUACGGCUUUGCCGACAAUGCUUCGGGUAGCAGCAGUCUUGGAAAUGCCGGUGCUGCUUCGACGAGUGCUUCGGCGCUGGGUCCUGGUACGCCAUCGGAUUGGGAGCAUCUUGGACCGACACCGGGUGAUUUUGACGACCGCCCGUGGUUUCCCACGCGAGACCAUUCGGCUCAAUCGCAACAUGAAUCUCCAAACCAAGUCAAUGCUCAACCACCACAAUUUGUCUCCACCCCGCCUGGUUACUCGACUGGAUUUGCCACUACUUUUAUAUCUGGACCUGCAAGCACACCAAUCCCUGCGGGAGUAGAUUCCGCACAGCUCCCUCUCCGGGAGGGAAGUCAUGCGAUUCGACCGCAGAGAACGGACUCAAUCUCGCCUGUCAGCCCUGCAAGCGCGCCUGGGGUCUCGCAAGCUGAGUUUCCUACUCGCAUGGACAGUGUUGGCUCCCGAGUGUCCUCGUAUGAAGGUCGUUCUGAUAGCGCGCACGGAGUCGUCGACACCUGGAUUCAGCCUCAGUCACCUCCAAUCGAGUCAACGCAGGGAGGUCAUCUCUCGCAGAGCGAUCAAAGGGCUUCCCUCGUCCUAGGUCCCGGUCGACAUAAUAGUCUUACAGCUUCUCAAGAUCCAGGACCUAUUCCCAGCCAUGAUAAAGCAAUGGGCCCGAGUGAGGUGGCUCGGCCAAGCACCGUCACUCCUCGAGAACCAGACCCCUAUGAAGACCUAGAUCCUUGGUUUCGAUCCUCACUAGCGCGAUAUGUAACGAUGUUACGGAAAGAGGCGGUUGCGGAUUCAGAUGAGGAGCGUUUCAAGAUCUUCACGGCGUUUGCGGCCAAGGAGACCAAGCUUCGCGAAAUUCUUUACAGUAUUGAGCACGAUCCACCGGCAACGCAACCGAUGUCAGAUCUUCCUCAUCUGGCGUCCAGACAUUCGUCGGUAGCCUCCAAGGCUGGAACACCGGCUGUUGAGUCAGGUUUGAUCCCCGUUGAGACAGAAGAGGCAUCUUCUCCGACUAUACCGCGCACAGAAGAUACACCGGAUCUUGACGACAAUGCUAGUGAAUACAGUGCGGGUGGCAGGCCUAUCCUUGGUAAACAAGCACGCCGUGUCUCUCAGUGGACGCCCAAUCUUGCGGUCCUCUCGUCGGAUGGAGAAACAAUCAGUCAAAAGACAAAGAAUCCUUCGAGGAAAUCAACCAUUGAUGAGAGUGGUCCGAAGCAGAAUAUGGAGCCGCUUGCGACAAACCCUCCACGCCCUAUCUACACACCCUUUCAAUACAAAGAAGGCCCACAGCGCGGGUCGGAUAACCUGACAUUUGACCGUCCGGCGUAUCAGGCUUACUCUGAGCUUCGCCAGGCAUCUGCUGUCAGCGGACGAGUCAUGUCAGGUGUUCCUCCAUCUGUCCUCCAAUCGCUGCCUGGCGCCUUGUCGACCUCCCCAUUACAGGACGAACACAGUGAGACGUUUCUUGGACUCAUCCGUGACAGGAGUAGCGCGUACCGACCUUUAGACAGCAAGCCCAUCCACUCAGCCCCGCUCCUUUCUGGGCCUGCCCAGCAAGGACGGAGGUCUGACGACCCGCUCGAGGAUCUUCGAGCCAUGGUGUUGACUCCAUUGGACAAGCAAUCAGAAAGCUCUUGGCAUGUGACUGCUCGAAAAGAGCUCGAGAAGUACCCAGAUGGAUUUGAAUCUAUCCAGGAGCAGAUUGAUCAAUGGGAGAGCUCGAUGAAGCAACGCCGGAUCAAAGUCGAUCAGGAUCGAACCAUCCGACAGGAGGAGUCGGAGGCUCAUAUUGAUGACCUCUUCAAUGAAAAGGCCAUUGGCUACGCUGACAUCAAUACAUUAGAGGAAGAUUUCCGCCAAAGUGAAGCACGUGUCCAGCUGGAUGAGGAACGUGAAGAGGUUGAAAAUUUCGUACAAAAUGUUUUCAACCCUCUCGAUCAGCGCUUGAAAAACGAGAUUGCGGCGCUUCGUAAGUCCUACGAAUCUGCGCUCGGCCAAUUAGACCGUGAUCAGAAGAGGCAGAGUCCGAGAGCCAAACAAUGUAGCCCGUCCGUGACCAUGAAGCUGAUCAAUGAGAUACAUCGCAAGCUUGAGACUCGUUUUCAGAAGAGGCUCGAGAUUGCGCUGGACUGCGAACGGCGUCGUAAGAAAGCUGAGCGACGGCCCCUUGUGUUCAUCGGCGAUAUGGCGGGACUGCGCAAGCUGGACGGGGAAUUCGAUCAAAUGGAGAAGCGAAACAUUCUUGAAGCGGCCAAAGAUCGGGAUGACCGUGUCAACCGACUCAUGGAUUCGUUUGAUGAUGCGAUUCUCCACGGCUUGGGUUUGAACCAGAGUCUGCUGGACGAACUUGCCAGUAAAACAGCCCGAUUGAACACCUCUGACGUCCGUGCCUCCAGCCUGUCGAAAUCGGAGAUAGAGCGGGUUCUGAAGUCCGCGAUGACCUUUGCAGAUUCACUUCGCCAAGAUUCGGAGGCAAUCUUGCGCAAUUCGGCCGUUGCUGAAGACGCGUUGAAUGACGCUGAUUACAAUGUCUCCGUUGCCGAGGCGCAGUAUGCGAAUUCGGAUCCCGAUGUCUUCGAGCGACUCGAGCUAGAAAAGAAAAAGGAAGAUGGCAUUCUGCAAGAUGAUCUACAGAAGAAGCUGCAGAGCAUUCAAAGCGGCUCACAGGAGCUCGAAGCCAACAUUCACCGUCUGCUUGAAGAUCCGGAGCGUGCGCCUCAGGCUACGAGCCGAGCUUCAAGUCCGACUCCUGCCCCUCAUCCGGCACAAAGUCCCGUCGAAUCUUCAACGCCGCCAAUCCCUGGAACCAGUACUCGGAAAGUCACGCCAUCCAAGCUCCCCAUUGAUGCGCUGCCCCUAGAACUUCGUCCUGCAGUGACGCUGCCUGGUCGGAGCUCGACUUCAACGCCCUCAUCCACGGGUCGAGCGUCGAUUGAUCCAGAAGUAGAACACAAGGAGAGACUGCGCCGGGCAUUGGAGGAUGCAAAGAGACGAAACGCAGCGCGAGACGGCUAA